AUGAGGCCCCUUAUGGGGGCCCCCGUGGGGCCCCCCGUCGGGGCCCCCGUGGGGGCCCCCGGUGGGGCCCCCCUGGGAGCCCCCGUGGGGGCCCCUGUGGGGGGCCCCCUGUGCAGCAGUGGGUCUGUUGGUGGGCUGCCUCUUUUGCCUUACGGGGCUUCUCCAGUGUCUUCAUUAUUUUCGAUAUCGGGUUUGGUGCCUCCUGCUGCAGCAGCAAGCGCUGCUGCAGCAGCAGCAGCAGCAGCGGGUCUGCCGCCCGCUGCAGCAGCAGCAGCAGCAGCAGCAGCAGCAGGAACUCUGCGGCAGCAGCAGCGGCUCUCUGAACUCCCCGCGCCACCCCCAGGACACCCCUUGCCCUGCAUUGUUUAUUCUCCCAAGCUAAGAAGUAUAAUAGUUCAUUUUUCGCUGCCCCCUCUCUGCAGUUUGCUGCAGGGGUCCCCCUGGGGGGUCCCCGGGGGGCCCCACGGGGGCCCCCGGGGGGCCCCCAGCCCCCAGUUUCUGAGGGCCCUCCGCAGCCGCUCGUACCCUAUUCCAGGGGGCACUUACUGCCGCCUCUUCAGCAGCAAAAGGUACGGGAGGCCCUUAGCUGAGGCCCUGGCUUUGCAGUUUGUGGCUCGCUUGCAGGCGGAGCUGCAGGGGGCCCCUGCUGCUGCUGCUCCUGCUGCAGCAGCAAGCAGCAGCAAAAACGGAGGCAAAGAGCCCGCAGCAGCAGCUCACGCGGCCGCACACGCAGCUAACCAGCAGCAGCAGGGGGGCCCCAGGGGCCCCAGCCGAGCAGCAGAAGCCAAGGCAGCAGAUAAAGAGGCCCACAGGAAGGCACAUGCAGCGCCUGCUGCUGCUGCUGCUGCAGCAGCAGCGGCAGAUAAGAGUUCAACUGGAAAAGCAGCAAAUGGGGGGAAGGAGCACACAGAAGCGCCCAGCAGCUCCCAGCAGCAAAUGCCUGAACAGCUGCGCGAGGCGGCGGAUGCCCCGAGCUCUCAUGCUGCUGACACAGCAGCAGGAGCAGCAGCAGCUGCUGCUGCUGCUACUGCUGCUGCGGCUCCUGACCACGCUGCUGCUGCUGAUGCUGCUACUGCAGCUGUGGCUCCCCAGAAGAGGCCAAGGGGGCGUCCACGAAUUUGCGGAGGUGAUGCUGCUGCUGCUGCUGCUCAGCAACUUGCUGUCGAAGAGCAGCAGCAGCAGCAACAGCAGCAGCAGCAACAGGUCAUAGACCCCGAAGAAGCCGCCGCAGAAACGGAAAAGGCGUGGCAGCAGCAGCGCGGGCGAAAGAGGCAUAGGCUGAGCGACAGCAACAGCAGCAACUGCAGCAGCAGCAGCAGCACCCACAGCAGCAGCAGCAGCCUCGAGAUGCCUGUGCGACGCGGUAGGCCCCUGCAGCAGCAGGGGCUGCAGCAGGUCUCUGCGGGCCCCAGCAGCAAGCGCAGCAGCACCAACAGCAGCAGCAGCAGCAGCAGCAGCAGCGCCACUGCCGAGGACUGGUUACCUCCAGCAGGAAAUGUCACAAAGCAGCAGCAGCAGCAGCAGCAGCAGCAGCAGUCCAGCUCCUGA